CCUCCGCGCGUAUCAAAACGGGAGGCGGGAAGCGAGCUCGCGGCCACCAACCUCUUUAGUUCCCUCCCCACCCCCCCCCCCCCCCCGCCACACCACGCGAAGCCUAAUGGAGGCGAGGAAGGGAGCCGCGCGCGUGCCCAGGGUGGUCGCCGUCCUCGCCGGGCUGCUCGAGCGCGCCGCCGAGCGUGGCGACGGCGACGGAGAUGGCGCCCCGGCGUCGCCGUUCCGGGGGCGGACGAGGCCGGGGAUCGCCGUGCGGCGGUACGCGGAGCGGAUAUACCGGUACGCGGGGUGCAGCCCCGCGUGCUUUGUGGUGGCCUACGUCUACCUCGACCGCCUCGCCCAGCGCCGGGAGGGGGAGGAGGCGGCGGCGGCGGCGGAGGCCUCGGUGGUGGGCGUGGACUCGUACAGCGUGCACCGGCUGCUCAUCACCAGCGUCAUGGUCGCCGCCAAGUUCAUGGACGACAUCCACUACAACAACGCCUACUUCGCGCGCGUGGGCGGUGUGGAGGUGGCGGAGAUGAACGGCCUGGAGCUGGAGCUCCUCUUCGCCCUGCGCUUCCGCCUCAACGUCACGCCCGACACCUUUGCGCGCUACUGCGCCGCGCUCGAGGGCGAGAUCAUGACCAUGUCCGCCGUCGAGGGGCCCGUGCCGCCGCCGCGGGCGUCGCCUUCGUCCCCGGAGGAGGAGCCCAAGGAUACCACCAUGGUUAACGUUGCGAGCAGAUCAGCCUUCGCGGCGGCUCAAAGAGCAGUGGAGACGAUCACCCAGUGACCGACCCAGUUGCUUUGCUUGUGCGCGCGCGAUUCUUUCGUUCCUUCGUUUAGGUUUCAUUAGUUCGCUGUUGAUCUAUCAUGUUCGUGUGUCUACGUAUAAUUGCAUGCGGUUGCAUGCAUGUCCAUGGGCUAACUGCAGGCUGAUCGAGAUUAGUUGUACAGCAGUUUUUUUCGGUACGUUGGGCCGGCCGGUUUGGAG